CAAAUUAUGUUAGGGCCCAGGGAAAAUCAUGGUAUACAGCUGAAUGAGGAUCUCGUAAUGGGUACGAAGGUCGAACUUCACCAAUUUAUCGACCUUUCUGUCGACAUACACGAGCAGAAGUCGACAGUAAAUUUUGUGUAUCUAAACAGAGUCCUCCAUGAACUUGUGAAGCACCUUGGAAUCGGAAAUUUAGAGAUAUUAAUAGAAGAUGGUAAUGAUCGGCCACCUUCUCCUAAACAAACCGUUUCCUUGCCAAACGUUGCCUUGACUACUGAGCCUGAUUCGAAGCCAGUUGAGUCUACUAUGAGCGUUUUAUCGGAUUCAGAUAACCAAGUGAUAUCGGACUUGAAAGAUAAAGUUGAUGGACUGGAAAAGAAAAUAAGUGUUAUGGACGGAUUAGUGCCCGAUGAAACAAAGAUGCAACAUACGGAAUCAAUGAUUGGAGACAUGUGGAACUUUGUUAAUCUUGGCAAACGUGUUGAUGGUUGUGAAGACACCCUUGAAACGCACGCCAAACUGAUCGACGGAAUCCGGAAAGAAAUAAAGGACUUGAACUCUUACAAAUUUUAUCUGGACCAACUCAAGGAAAACUCAACUAUUGAUCUACGAGCUAUGAUUGACGGACUUAUCAGUGACAUGGGCGAGAAAACCAAAAAGAUUAACGGACUUACGGACAAAAUACGGGCUCUGGAAAACUCAAAACCGGACGAGGCACUGGCUCAAGAACUGGCAAAGAAGGUUGAAGGUUUGAUAAAACUCAAGGAUGAAAUUGAUGGCAAGAUGGCGGGGUUACCCACUCGGGCGGACAUCACAAACAUACAGGAAAACUACGUGUCAUGGAUCGGACUGGAUGAGAUUUUAAGGAACUACAAGCCACCACGAACCCCUGCUCCCCCCUCACGCGAGGGAAUUGCAGCUCUUCAAAAGGCUGACGAACUGGACCAAAAGACUGACGAUCUUGGAGACAAGAUUUCUGGACUGGAAAAGGAAGUUAUUGGAAAACUGGACAAGGACGAAUUUGCUGCAAGGAUCGAGGACGCUAUUAAACAGCGACCUCCUUCCUCGCGAACUGAACAGGCACGAAAACAUUUCACUGAGGCUCUUCAGGAUCUACAGGACCGCAUUGCUGCUCUUGAAGAAAUGGAAGAUGAGCAACAACCAAUAAACAUGAUUUCACCCCUGCCACGCAUCAACCACGCAUCUGCAUCUGCAUCACCGUUACCAAUGUUCCGGGAAGAUUUUAUCACAUCUCCAGUUCCACUCGCCAUACUUCCACCAAUUUCAAGGAGCCCUUCACGAUCGGCACUACUAAUGGAAAGCGUAAAAGAAAAUCAGAUUUUAUUAAAGAAAUCCCAACAGAGACUCCAAAAUGCUGAAUUCGGUGGUAAGGCUCUACCCGACGAUCUGAAGUCACAACUGGAACUUCUUCAAAAUGGAGUGAAUAAUGCUUUGAAAGCAGCCGAAUUGAUCGGAGAAAUAAGCCAAGAGAACGAGACAAACAAGGCGGCAAUAUCGGAGCUCAAUGGCCAGAUCGAGGACAUCAUGGACAGAUACAAGAUUCUACAAGAUUCUAUUGAUAAUUCACCGAAGCCAACAGCUGAACUUGACAGCGAAGCCUUGAACACAUUGAAAGAUACGAUUAAAGCUCUCAAGGACGAACAAGAGCACCACCACGAUCAGCUGAAUAAACUCAGUGAUAACGCAACCCAGAAUGAUCUGCACUUGAAGACCCUGUACUCUGGAGUUGAUGAUCUGAGAGAGAUGAAGGCUGACAAAGACUUUGUCGUCCUGGAGAUGGAAGACAAAGCAGACAAACGGGUAGUAGACCACAAGGCAAACAGAGUGUUUGUAGAUAAUCACUUUGAGAAGCUGAACUCUGGUCUAGAGAGUGCCUUACAGCGUUGCGAGGGCCAGGAGGCUGCCCUCAAACAUGCCAUCACCCAGAUUUCUAACGAUGUUGAGGGUAAACUUGACAGAAUGGAGUUACAGAAUGUCAAGGACUUCCUGGAGAACAGGCUGAAUAAGUUGAAGGCACCUGGUCCGCCCCAACCUCCAACAAAUGAGGUUGAUAUGGAUGCAGCUGGUAUGAGGAGACGAUUGUUGAAGUUCCACUGUAUAUCAUGCGACAGACCAGUUGAAGUGAACUCAGGAAAUAUGUUACCAUCAACGUUACCUGUGUCAUAUGGCUUCCCAGGCAUGCGAAGUAAUAGACCUUACACUACAUAUGAGUUAGAACUCAUUCGACAGCACCAGCGCAAUCAGAACAUUCCGAGAUAUCCGUGGAGUGACCCGUACGACAUGCCUCAAACUAAUCGGAGCUGCGGAGGAAUGCACACCAUGACUUACGCUCAUAGACGUACCCGCAUUAGCGCUCUCAGUCAGUUUUUCAAAGACGAUGAACCGCCCCCAGUCCCAGUUCCACUAAGGGAGACUGAACUUCAGGGACAAGAUGGCCACAUAUACAGAGGAAGACUAGAAAGAAAAUUCCCUGUCCUACCCCGCGUUGGCCAAUCGGCGGAGAAACUGCCAAGAAUUAUGUCACCUCGGCGACGAACCGUUAUGUAGCUGGUAGGUAGGCGCGUAUGACGAAGGUACGGUAAUGGAGAGGGCCAUGGCCCGGCACACACGAGAGAGGCCUAGGACUGCUCCGCGACCCAGAUCGCAACGAGCCUGGUGACUCGGGAAACAUGAAACUGUGCAUGCUGGAUGGAAAGUAGAAACUUACCCAUGACUCUAUUGUUUAAUCUUCAACAAAACUUUAAUGAUGAUCAAAAAUAUGGACCUGAGUCUUCAAAAUGUUUUCUUUGGAUCGGUUUAUUGGGAUUAAAUCAGCCUCAUUACCCUACAUGGUAGGAUUUAUAAUUAGGUUUUAUGAUGAUAAAAAUCACAGUUUACAUAUGUUUAUUCGUAGUAUAAAAGAAUGUAUUUGCUACUGGCGUCUUAUCAGCUAGAUAUGGUGUUGUAAUUAAUGUAAAAAGUUAGCUAGGAUAUUUGAUAUUUUGACACAAUUUAUGUGCUGCCCUUACAUCGCGAUCGUUACACUCGGCAACAAGAAUAUAAAGGAGCACCUAACAUGUGUCAAGGAUAAGUGCUGCAUUUAUUUCGUUAUUUAUGAUAAUAGGUACAUAAUUAUAGGGGGUCUGUCAAUUAUUUCUUUUAUCAGAAAACUUAUGAUCUAAAACAAAUGUAGUAAUUUACGUAUUGUUAUUAAUAUUUUGCAGUUUUUAGUUGUAGUUUUGUAAUUAUAGGGCAUGGCUUGGGUUUAAAUGUUAAAACCCUUUAAAAUUUUUAUGUUUCUCGAAUAAUUUGAUGUUUUCAUCAGCAUA